AUGCCCCGGCGUCUGUUUUCCUCUGCUGCGCUGCCGCUGCUUCUUUGCGUGCUAAUAUGCUGCGGCAGCUAUGGCGCUGAGGCCAACGCGAAUGACGGGGGCACGUCGAGCAGGGUUGUUCUCUUUGACGCAGGGGUGACGGAAAUGACUGAUCCGGCGUCUCCCAGCAAUAAGCAGAAGUUUGAGUCGUUCUCUGCGCCUUCUCUGGUUUACGUGAAUGGCGUGGUUGUGGCCUUCGCCGAGGCGCAUUACACAAAUGCCACGGAGAACAAGCCGUACGUCGGCGUUGCCGCGAGGUGGAAGAAGGCCGACGCAACGCCGUGGGCGGAGGGGAGCGCCGUAGUGGUGGAUCAUUACGACGCGAAGGUCUACCGCCUGCUGCGCCCAACGGCAUUUGUGGAUGAGAGCGAAGUGCACCUUCUCCUCGGCGGCUACGGCGAGACUGGGGCCCCUUUUACUGCGGAGACGGCGGCCGGCUACUGGAAGCCCAGAGGGGCGAGCGGACGGGUUUCGGGUGAUGACGAUGAGGGGUUUGAGUGGCACGAACAAAGCACCUCUCCUAUCCCUUAUGAUUUUGACUUCAAAGGCUUCAAAGAGUUUCUCGGUGGCGGCGGCGCAGGAAUUCGGCUGGGGGACAACACUUUUGUGCUGCCUGUGCAGGCGUUGAAGGCCGAUGGGAAGAGGGUUUCGUUGGUUGUCCUCGCCAGAGGCACUUCCUACGGCUGGAAGUUCUCGGAGGGGACGAGUCACGACGGCUGCGUCCUUCCUGCCGUGCUUGAAUGGGGCGGGGCUGGUGGGCUCCUCAUGA